GUUGCUAUCUCUCCGUCAGAUACUGAAGGGGAUGGGCGUUGGAUGAGUCAACAUACAAGGUUCGUUUGCCAGGCCCGAAAGAAAGAACCAGAUGUUGUAUUACUUGGUGACUCUAUAUUCGUUUACAUGCAGUUUACACAGACGUACAAAAAGCACAUAGAGCCCUUACACUGUGUAAAUUUUAGUAUUGCCAAUGAUCAGACACAAAAUGUAUUGUGGAGAAUCGAAAAUGGAGAACUGGACGGCUUUUCGCCUAAGGUGGUCGUAAUCAUGAUUGGUAGUCACAACGUUGGCGAUUCGGAAGAAGAGGUUGUUAAAGGGAUCCUCUCCGUUGUUGAAAAGACAAAAUCUAAGCAGCCUCGCGCUUCCUUAAUAGUUAUGGGUCUUUUACCGUGUGGUCGAACUCCAAACAAAAGACGAACGAAGCAUGAACAGAUUAAUAAACUCCUUACUGAAGCUUUCACCUGUCGACCUGAUGUCACAUACUUGAAUCCUGACUGGGAUAAUUUUAUCCAACAAGAUGGAACUAUUUCACAUCGUGAUAUGUUCGAUUAUAUGCAUCCUACCGAAAAUGGUUAUGAAAAACUCUGCGACCCUUUACUAGAAGAACUUCAGAAUUCUCUGCACACAUUCUUAAAAACCAACGCACCCAAUAGUUUUGUUGAAGAUUCAUAAUUUCCAGGCUCCAGACAUUUUGGUAUUCUGUACAAUAUUAUUCCUAUUUCUGAGUAAAUUCUUUGUUUAUUUAAUUUUGGAUAUAAAUUAUUGUGCUUCAUGGCUUUUCAUUUAUAAACUUAUUGGUGCAUUAUUAUUUGGGUUUCAUCUCUUUCUUAUUCCCUUACUUGACUUAAUUCAUCGUUCACUUAUAAUAAAAUUUUAACACAAGGUUUCCAUAGCUCUAUUUUCACUUGGUUACUUUGUUUAUUGAAUUUAUUUUGUUAUCCUGACGACUACCUUGUGUCAUUUGAUUCUCUUUACCACUUGCUGCGGGCUUUAUCCAAC